CAACCAGGAAUCAACAAAUUUAUUUUUGAGCAUCUGCAGCAGCAUAUGGCACAAAUAAAUAACGAUCAUGACAAAUUAUGCGUGUUAAUGUGGGAUGAGAUGUCAUUAGAAGCCAAUUUGCAAUACGAUCAGUUAAAUGAUAAAAUCAUUGGUUUUGAAGAUUGGGGACAUAGACGUACAUCUCUCAUAGCAGAUCAUGUAUUGGUAUUUAUGAUACGAGGAAUUCUGAAAGGUUGGAAAAUUCCAUUGUAUUAUGGCUUUUGUAAAAGUCAAACCAAAUCUGCACAAUUGUUGAGAUGUAUGAAAGAAAUCAUAAAAGAAUUAACUAAAGCUGGGUUGAUAAUUAUUGCAACUGUAUGUGACCAAGGCGGACCGAACAUGACAUGUAUUAACAGUCUUCUUCAGGAUUCAAAACGCGAAUGUAUAAGAACAGGUCAAGAAUAUCAAGAUAUUAUUCAACUUUUUGGGCAAAACAUUGUACCUAUUUUUGAUCCACCACAUCUUUUAAAAGGAAUCCGUAACAAUUUAUUAUUUAAAAAUUUAGAACUUGAUACCACCAUAUUGAAAAAAAACGAACGACAGUUUGCGUCAUGGGACAUUAUUGAAAUGGCAUAUAAAAUGGAUAUGUAUACAAAUACGUUAAAUCGCCAAGUACCAAAAUUAACAGACCAACAUGUCAUUAAAUCAAAAAUAAAAAAAAUGAAAGUAAAAUGUGCUGCUCAAGUUUGCAGUGCAAGAUUAUCGGGAUAUCUAGAAUAUAAUAGCAAAAUUAAAGGAGGCUUUAUUGAAUCACAGAUUGGUCAGUUACAAAUACCAAACAAGGCAGGAUAUGACACAGCAGUGGCAUUGGAUCUUUUUAAUAAAAUUUUUGAUUCCGUUAACGCACAUACCUUGCAUCCACAAACUCCUCUACGCGUAGCAGUAACGAAAAAUAGUAAGCAUCAUAACUUUUGGCCAUAUGCCAUUAAACGAUUAUCUAAUAUGCGAUAUGUUGAUCCGAAAACUAAACAACCAGUUAAAUUCAUGGACGCAGAAAUAUAA